AUGGCCACAUUCCGUCCUCGCAUCGCCCUCACCUUAGGCGACCCAGCCGGAGUUGGCCCCGAGUUAGCAGCCAAACUCAUCGCAGACCCCUGGAAUCGACAGCGUGCAGACUUGCUAAUUCUCGCGGACCGAUCUGAGGUCGAAGCUGCCGCGGCUACUGCGAAUGUCCUCAUCCCCGAUGAUGUCCAUAUUCUGGAUGAUGGAACGGCCCCCAAGAUACCAAUCCAACGAGGAAAGAUAUCGAAGGAAGCAGGAGCACGAACACUACAUCAGUUGAAACGGGCGGUAGUCCUGGUCAAUCGUGAUGAAGCAGAUGCGAUUGUGUUUACGCCUCUUAACAAAACAUCUCUUCAUAUGGCUGGCAUGCAUGAGGAGGACGAAUUGCGCUGGUUUGCAAUGCAUCUCAACCAUCAAGGAACAACAAGCGAGGUCAAUAUAAUCCCUGGGCUAUGGACGGCACGGGUGACCAGUCACGUCGCCAUGAAAGAUGUAUCGUCCCGAAUUUCCAAAGCAACGGUCUGCGAGUCGAUCGAGCUCCUGCAUCAUCUACUAUCCGAUUUCGGCAUCGAGAGCCCCCGCCUCGGUGUCUGCGCGUUGAACCCCCACAACGGCGAGAAUGGCAUUUUCGGCCGCGAGGAGAUCGACGAGAUCCGGCCGGGCGUGGAAAUUGCCCAGUCAAGAGGAAUCAACGUCAAGGGUCCAUUCCCCAGCGACACGAUCUUUGUUGGGCGCGCCAACUACGAUGGUAUCAUCACCAUGUACCAUGACCAGGGUCAGAUCGCGCUCAAGGUCAUUGGCUUUGAUGGCGGUGUGACUGUGCAAGGGGGUUUACCGGUCGUCAUAGCUACUCCAGCGCAUGGCACGGCCUUUGAUAUUGCCGGAAAGAAUAUUGCAAGUGUGAAGAGCAGUCAGAAUGCGUUGGACGUGGCUAUAGCGGUCGCUGGCAAGAAAGCUGCGCGUUCAAGGGCCCAAUGA